AUGAUCGCCUCAUUAUGUUUAAAAAAUGUGAGGAAGAAUGAGAGGAAAUUAAUCCAUGAUCUGGUAAGGGGGAUGUUCUGUGAAAACAAUGCAGGCGUUGCUCAAACAGGUUAUAAAAAAAGGAAAGGGACCCCCAAUGUAGCCAAACUGAGCAAACUAACAGAAGUGAAGGGUCAUAGGAAAGACCUGUCGCUGUGUCCAAGUAGCAAUUUAACUUGUGCAGGUUUGUUUUUCCCACCCAUUUGGGACGGAAGUAUGAUGAAGGACCUUCCGUUUCAAGAAACCAGGGGACGGAUGUCCUCCCAUUUAGAAUAUCAAAAGUGGCGUAAGGAAGGAGAAGAAGAUAAGUUUGGCCACAACAAUGAAGAGAAAUGUGUAAGCAUAGCAAGUAGUGUUACGAGGUUGAUUCCAUUUCAAAGGAGUUGCUUUUCCAACCGAGUUGGCAACCUGUACAGUGGUGUUAGUAGGGGAUACUCCACGAGGAGAUUCUUUGGGACCUCCUCAGAAGGUACUUCUGGUGGGCAUUCCAAAGGGGAUAAUGCGAAGGUGAACAGAAUGGAAGGGGAAGCCCCAAAUGGGGGAAACCAUGAAAGUGGAAGUCACUCCACAGUGACGCGCACUGGUAACACAUCCAAUGGUUCUAGCGAAAGUGGAAACGCUCCUCCAAACGGAAAUGAGGAAAAGCAGUCUCUAAGGCAAAUAUAUAUGCACAAAAAACAAAGGGAAAAAAUGAUCAAGAUGUAUCUCCUGCUGAGUCUGCUGCUAAUGCCAUUUGGACAGGUAUAUUUGUACUGCAUUGAAAAUGACAUAAGCAUGGAGGAAUUUUUAAAAAUAGUAAAAAAUAAAACGGAAGUGCUAGAAAAUAAAUACAACGAUAUAUUACAGGAGUUGAUUGAUAAAUAUUUUCCACUGAGUAAUGAGCCAUUAUUACCCGACUUCAAGGAUUUGAAUUAUCCAGAAAAUUUACCAACGCUAGUUAUUGACCUGAAUUAUGUAAUAGCUAAGUUAGAGUAUGAUAGGAAAAGUGGAUGGAGAGUAUUGAAGAGACCCUAUGCAGAUAUGUUCUUUAAAGAGUUGUCCAGCUUUUAUGAAAUUGUUAUUUGGUCAGAAGAUAAUUUCCCAGUUGCACAGGAAGUCAUUUCCAAGUGGGGCAUACCUGCAAUUGGAUGCUUACACAGAGAUCAAUGCUCCAGGAAGAGAGGACAUUACGUGAAAGAUUUGAAGAGACUGGGUAGGAAUCUUGACCGAGUUGUUAUUAUUGACCACGAUGCUCAUGCCUUUAUGCUUCAACCGGAGAAUGGCAUCCUCAUAAAGGAAUUUCAUGGCGAUGUAAACGAUAAGGAAAUUUUGUGCCUCAUCGAUUUGCUAAAGUCAUUCGCUAUCAGUAGUUAUGACAUUUCCCAAUUUCUGAAAAAGUACGGUGGGGGCGACUACAACAUUGGAAAGCGGUACAUGCAACUGAAAAGCGACACGGAGCAAAAAUCCCAGAGGAUAAGGAACUUUGGGAAAAUUUUCCACGUCGACGGGAAGAGGACGCCGAACGGGAUGUCCUUCAACUCGUGA